AUGUCAUCCAGUUCCGAUCCAGGCUCACCCCAGUCAUCCGCCAAUAUCUUAGUAGUGCACGGACACGGCCAAUCAGGACAAUUCAUCUCCUGCAAAACCCAAUUCCUCCAAGAACCCCUAACGAAAGCAAUCCAAGAAUCCCUCCACAACAACCCAGCCCAACAACAAGUCGACACAAUCAACUUCUACCACCCAACCGCCCUCUUCCCCGCCAACCCCGACCACCCACACCCCGAAACCAACACCUCCUGGGCCUGGGCGUGCGGCGGGCCCGAAAAAGACCAGGCCUCAGGCUACGUAGAGACAAUCCGCUACCUGCUCGGCGUGGUCGAAGAGUACGGGCCCUUUAUCGGGAUCGUGGGCUUUUCCACCGGCGCCGCUAUAGCCGCGGCCAUCACGUCCAUACUGGAGAAACGAGAGUCGCUUGACGGCGUUCCGUUCGAGAUCACGCACCCGCCGUUGCAGUUUGCGGUGUGCUUUAGUGGAUUCCGGCUUGAAGACGAGUUUUACGAUUGUAUCUACUCGCCGAAGAUCAGGACGCCUGUGCUGCAUGUUAUGGGGAACUUGGAUAUGAUGGUUGAGCCUGCUAGGACGAAGCGGUUGGCUUUGUCUUGUGCUAACUCGUCUGUGUAUGCUUUUUCGGGCUCGCAUUAUAUUCCGAGGUCGGAUGAGUUUGUAAGGGUUUUGAGCGAGUUUGUUGAGAAGGCUGUUAGUGGGAGGAUGAGAUGUGAUUCGGAGUCGGAGGAUGGUCAUGAUGAUGGUGAGGAUGAGUGGGAGGAUGUAUAG